UUAAGAAGCGCGUUGUGUGUGAGCUUAAAAUUUAAGUAAAUUAAUUAAGUGUAACGCUGUUUCGUUUUUAUAAUACACUUCGAUCAAAGUAAACGUUUACUGAGAGUUCAAAAACGUUUAAGCUGCUUGUUAAGGGUUUAUUUCGGUGUUCUUUUACAGACUACGCAAUUUCUUAUAAAAAAGUUCCGUUAGCCCGCCAUUUUCUGUGUCAUUCCUUUCAUUUCGCUGUUCUUUCAUUAAAUUAUUGCCGCGUGGCGUCUUUGGAGUUAUCUUCUCGACGGUUUCUGGAAUCUUGUGAAUGGGAAUUCGUGGAACGACUAAUUCGGACGAAAUGCAGACGGUGUGCGUCGUUUGUGGAAAUUCGGCCGGGCUUAUGUGCCAGCGGUGCGGAGAAUCCUAUUGCCAGGACGCAUGCCAGCGGCUGGAUUGGCAGAGGCACAAGUACUUCUGCAUCAUCAUGCCUCCUUUGGUGGCCUACAGGCCAAUUCAGCAGCCGUCAAAACCUAUCUCUGCCAAGACCGUAGAGAUGGCUGCAACUCAACUUUCGCUGGGUGAAACCCCGCCAAAGACUCAAGUUAUGAUCGAAAGUACAACGUCAACACCAACAACCACUGUGGAAUCGACUACAGUCGUCUCGAAACUCUCUGAGAAUUGGCGCGAACACUUAUUGCCAAAGGGCGAGGAGUUCUUCGAGUGCCGUGUGACGUUCAUGGAGAAGGAAGGUCCCAUCUGGGUGAUGCAUGUGGCCAAUGUGGAGAGCAUGGAGCGUCUGACGGAUAACAUGAAGCGCUGCAUGCAUAACCAGAAGCUGAUUCGUUCGCAAAACGUCAAGGAGGAUACGUUGGUGGCCAUCAAUGUGGACGGCAAGAUCCACCGCGGUCAGGUCCUGACUGUCAGGGCUCAAAAGGAAGAGGCUGACAUUCGUCUGAUUGACUAUGGAGCUGUCGUGGUCACUCCUUUUCGGGAUAUCUAUGACGUUGUCCCCAAGAUUGCCGAGUACAAGGCUUUCGCUUUCCGUGCGAAAUUGCCCACCAACACUGGAGUUCAGGUUAAUAAGAACCUCACGCUCCGUUUGUUGGGAACGCGAAACCACGAUGGCGUUUAUCAUGUCCACCUCAAGCCCAAGAUGACCAUACCACUUAGUCUGCCCAUGGAAAUGCUGCAGCUGAAUCCGGAGGUUAAGGUAAUCCGCGUGUUUGGGCAGAACCCAACGGCCAACGAGUCGCGGUUGGCUCUCCUCCAGAUAAACGUGAUGGAUCACAUAAACAAUGACUUGAAUGCCAGUUUGGCGGGAAAGCCGGGGCAACCGUUCACGGGACCCUUUCCCGAGGAGAAAUGCACCAUCUUUGUGGCCGCUCGCACCAGUGAUGGCUUUCGUCGUGCCUUCCUUCUGGACCGUAUUGUAGGGCCCCCGCCCACUUUCUUGGUUUACGAAAUGGAUGAAGGGCGGAUUUCUGUUACCAGCGAGCUGACCCGGAUUCCCAGCGAGCUACUUGGCUUGCCCAUCCGCGUCCUUGCCGCUCAGGUUAAGGACUCUGUACCAAAGGAGCUUGAGUCAUGUGGCACUGAUCUCACGGUCAAAUUCAAGUUGGAUAACCCGCCACCCAAGGAAAAGUUGAGAGCCGCCAAUGCAGCCUUGCUGGCCAGGGGUGAGCAGAUUUGUAUGGCCCGACUGAGCACCUUUUUGGGUCAGAUCUCCGAUUUGGGUCAUAAGAUUUGGAGAGAUCCCAUCGAGAAUGAUGCCUUAGUGAUCAUCACCCAUGUCGUCAGCUACAAGGAGGUUUACAUAAGCUCCCCGAAUAGCAAGCAGUAUGCAGGCCUCUUCAAGCGUCUGGAGUCGAAGUGCGCCGCUUUUGGAGAUUCUAGUGACGUUUCCAUAGGUUGCAUAGUACUGGUUGCUUCCAAGAUGACAGGACACUUCCGAGGCGAGGUAUUGAGUGUUGCAGACGGGAUGUAUAAUGUAAAGAACGUUGACACUGGUGCCCACCACCAGUUGCAUUUGUCAGCGUUGCGUAAAUCCUGUCGCUUCCUGGAUAAUCUGCCCGUCAGCCUGUUGCGAGUUCAGUUAAAAACUGUCUGCAAUAUUCCGGAUGCUGCUGUGCCACCCAACAAUGCGGCCAUCAACCUACUACACACUCUCAGCGCCCAGGAGGAAAUUCUGAAACUGGAAAGGGAAGACUCGAGUACUUCAAUUGUUGAUCUGCUGUCCAGUUCCGGUGAUCAGCGCUCCUUAGUAAGCCGCAUGUUGCCACUUAUGUUUACACCGGCGCCGGAAAAAGCUAAGGACGCUCCGCCAAAAGCUGCUCCCACUCCGGCAACUUUGGAUCCAUUUUUACUGGAGCCACCUAAGGAUCUGCCUCCCCUGCCGCCUUCCCCUCCGAAUUCUCCGACUCCUGUGCGUUCGGUUGACACCAAGAAACUAACCGAUUGCACGCAAAAAAAGCCAUUCGAGCGCUAUUUUUUCAACGUUUUGCCUAAACAUCUGGUCCCCUUGGGAUAUAAAGUCAACAUAAUCCUGUUAAACGCUGGCGGAAUGCCAGAAACUGGCUUCAUCACCGCGUGCUUCUUACAGAACGUGAAGGUGGCCGAGGAAUACCAGACCUUUCUUAAUUUAGUAGCCAAUCAAGGAGCGUGCGACCACAAUGCAGUGCCAGGCUAUGUACCAAACGUUGGUGAACUGUGCUUGGCGCUGUUUAGCGAGGACAAAAGCUGGUAUCGCGGAGUUUGUCAGGAUAUCAAGGACAAUAUGGCGAAGAUCUUGUUUUGCGACUUUGGAAACUGGGAAUAUGUGGAUGUGGAAAAUCUUAAGCCGAUUUCCCAGGAUCUGCUGAACGGCAUCUAUGCCACGAAGUGCUAUAUAGAUGGCUUUGAUAAAUCCAAGAACUUCGCCGCUUUGGAGUCUUUCCUUAUGCACAAGAGCAAGUUUCAGUGCGACGUUAAGGAUGGUCCUGAGCCCGAUUCCCGUCUUAUAACGAUUCCAAAUCUGCAGGACAUACUGAACAAACCAACUGCCUAGUUCAACGCAUUAUUUGAAUUCUAGUUGCUGACAACAUGGAUUGCAUUCCCUCUUAUGUUUAUAGUUUUAAGCGUACACCAAAGUGUAUUUCCGAAAACGAUUUUG